AUGUCGGGAGUUGAAGAGCAAAAGUCAGCGGGUGUCAGGGUUGCGGUUGAGGGCUGUGGUCAUGGGACACUCCAUGCAAUCUAUGCCUCAGUUGAGCAGGCUUGUAAGGUCAAAGGUUGGGACGGCGUCGAUCUGCUCAUCAUCGGUGGCGAUUUCCAGGCAGUGAGGAACCAAUAUGAUCUCAACGUCACCGCGAUGCCCCACAAAUAUAGGCGCAUGGCCGACUUUCACGAGUACUAUAGCGGCAGCAGGACUGCCCCUUACCUGACGAUUUUCAUUGGCGGCAACCACGAAGCAAGCAACCAUCUCUUUGAACUCUACUAUGGCGGAUGGGUUGCACCCAACAUCUACUACCUAGGAGCGGCCAACGUACUCCAGAUCGGGCCUCUAAGGAUUGCCGGGUUGUCAGGAAUCUGGAAAGGAUACGAUUACCGAAAACCUCACUUCGAGCGACUUCCCUACAAUCAAGAAGAGAUCACCAGCAUUUUCCAUGUCAGAGAGCUGGAUGUCAGGAAGCUAUUGUCGCUACGCUCGCAGGUUGAUAUCGGCUUGUCUCAUGACUGGCCGCAGGGGGUCGAAUAUCAUGGAGAUUACAAGUGGCUGUUUGGGAAGAAGCCGGAUUUUGGCACCGAUUCUUAUGCUGGAAAACUGGGCAGCGUCGCUGCAAGACAGUGUUUGGAUCGGUUGAGGCCCCCUUACUGGUUCUCUGCGCACCUGCACACAAAGUUCGCGGCUAUUUUCCAACACAACCAGGACCAGUCCGCUACAGAUGGGACUCCAAGACUCAACCAGCGAAUCGGGAGACCAGCUGAGAACUCUCCCCCGAACCAGACAAGCGAGUACAGCCAAGGCAGCCGUGUCGCCGCCCCAGCAAAAGACCGUCCUCUGGUCUCAGCCUGGCAACAAUUCCAUGUUGGCGCUCAACAGGCAGAUGCCGAAGAACGAGACAAGAUCCGGAAGGAGAGGGAGGAUCAGCGAUUGGAAGAAGAGAGCACGGGCAAAUCUCCCCGUCCACAAUACUCAUUCAAUGAAACAUUCAACGAGGUCGCGCAGGGAGAAGACCUAAGUCGUACAAUAGUCUCGACGACCCAGAGCCGACUUCAAAACUCCGACGAGUAUCAGGCCAUUCCACAGCUCGAUGGGUGUUUCUAUUCAAGACCGAACAAGCGACAGCGCGUAGAAGACGAGCAGCAAACGGCUUCGAGUGAUUUGAACCAGAACUCUGCUGAACAAACGGCAUCUCGCGGUCAGAUCGAUGGCAGAAGUGGUAGUUUGCUUUUACCGCCGCAAUCGGCAAUUGCAAAUCCCGAUUCAAUUGACAUCGACCUGAGUGACGAUGAGGAUACUACGGCGGUAGCCAGCGACGCGACAUCCCAAGCCAAAUCUAUCCCCAUCGGUGACACUACCCUGAAAACUAAUCGAAGCUACGGCGAAACGAAGGCGGACGACUCCAAGCGCCUCUCGGAAGAAAGUGAUGAUGGUGGCGUCACACUCAACCCACAGGCCGCCUCAAUUGCACCCGUACCCGGCAUUUCCUUUUUGCGAGCAGAGCAAGCCGCUGCGGAAUUGAGGAAGCCGUCCGACCCAGCUUUGGAAGAUUCUGUUGAAGAGUCUCAACCGCAAAAUGCUUCUCGCACAGGUGCUGGCGAGUCUCCAGCCCAGUCGACUCAGGACCACACCGCUAACACCACCAGCCAAGUGUCGGAAGAAAUGAGAGCCCAGCUCGCGGCGCUAUCCAGCAACUUCAUGGCCAAAGAACCCACGGAAACCUCCCCACCACUUCCGUUCCCGGAGGAAAUCACCAACAAGACCACCCACUUCCUUGCCCUAGGCAAGUGCGAGAUGUACCAAGAAUUUCUGCAACUUCUCGACAUCGGCUCCAUGACAUCGCCGGGAGAAACGAUGAAUCGCCCUCUCAAACUCUCCUACGACCCAGAAUGGCUGGCGAUCCAACGAGUCUUUGCAUCUGAGCUGCAGCUCGGCGGUGUGCCGACUGAUAGAGUCAGUCCUCAUCGGGGCGAGACCUAUUACCGCGAGCAAAUCGAACAAGAACAGGAGUGGAUUCUCGAGCACGUCGUCAAGCCCGGCAAACUGCAAGUCCCCGAGAAUUUCACGGUGACAGCACCGGUGUAUGAUCCUAGCCUGCAGGUCAGAUCAGACGAGAUGCCUCGCGAGGUGACGAACCCGCAAACCGGUGCAUACUGCGACUUGAUCGGGAUUGAGAAUAAAUUCGACAGCAGCGAGCAGGACAGAGACUUCAGGAUGCAGCAGGGUCCGAGACCCCAGAGUGAAGGAUACAAUCUAUACCAGAAUAGAUCCCGUCAACAGGGUCGCGGUGGCCAUCGUGGUGGUGGCGGUGGCGGCGAUAGAGGACAAGGACGGGGACGGGGGCGUGGAGGUGGCAGGGGAAGAGGCCGGGGCCGGGGCCGAGGCGGGGGACGGGGGUAG